GUAAGCUAGGUCCUCCCAACUUCAUAAAGAUUAAUAAUGUUAAUCACUUCAUUGUCCUCCUCUUCUUCAAAACGUGUUAUUUACGACUUGCUAGAUAGGGGCGAGUCGCAACUAUAAAUACCCAGAAAAUACAAUUUUCUCCAGUACAAUUUCCCAAGAAUUUCAAAAAUUACAACCCCUCUUUACGAUUUCGUAUUUAAUUAAAGCAAUUUUCCCUUCUAAGCACAGAGAAUGAAGCAAAAGGUUGUUAUUAGGUUAUCCAUGAAUGGAAAUGAUCAGAAAUCACGGUCCAAGGCCUUCAAAAUUGCCGUUUCUCAGCCAGGUGUAGAAUCAGCAGCUAUACAGGGGGGAGAAAAGAAUGAGUUAGAAGUGGAGGGAGAGCAGAUUGAUGCAGUGACACUAACCAAAUUGCUUAGAAAGAAAUUGAAGCAAGCAGAGCUGUUGAGUGUUGGCCCUGUUGACAAGAAAGAUGGUGACAAAAAAGAGGGUCCAAAAAUGGAAGUUGCCAUGAUGUACUGGCCAUCCUAUAAUUACCCUUAUUACGUUGUACCUCAAUUUCCACUUUAUGAAAUUAGAGAUUCAUAUCAAUCAGGCUGCUCCAUAAUAUAAAUCAGAAUUUUAUGUAAGCAGUGUCGGUUUGUUGUUGCAAAUCAAUUAUUACUAUAUAGAUUUGGAGUUGAGGCUAUGAGGUUGUAAACAACCUUUACUUUUUUUUUUUAAUCCUAAAUCAAUGUGUAGUUUACAUUUUUUUAAGC